GCUGCAUGCAGCGCUGACACAAAAUUCAUUUUUUCUAUGUUAAACGCUGUAAUUUUGGCUUCUAAUUAGUGAAAAUUUGAACGUAAAUCACAUUACAAAAUGAAGCUGCUGCGCAAGACGCUCUUGUGCGCGCUCAUUGUGCUACUCGGCUGCCUAAUAUUUGUCGCAGCACAGGGUAAACAAAAGACGGGUCUCUCGCUUUCGGAGAAGGUGCAGAAUCUGGUGGAGAUGAAUAUGAAGAAGCCGCUGCUGCGCUUCAACGGGCCCAAAUUUCGUGAAUAUGUGAAAAACACGCCGCGCAACUACUCAAUGAUUGUGAUGCUAACGGCGCUGGCGCCGUCCCGCCAAUGCCAGAUCUGUCGUCAUGCCCACGACGAGUUCAGCAUUGUGGCCAACUCGUAUCGCUUCUCGCCCAUCUACUCGAACAAGCUGUUCUUUGCCAUGGUCGAUUUCGAUGAGGGCUCCGAUGUGUUUCAGCUGCUGCGCCUGAAUACGGCGCCCGUUUUCAUGCAUUUCCCGGCCAAGGGCAAGCCCAAAGGCGCCGAUACCAUGGACAUACAUCGCGUUGGCUUUGCCGCCGAUUCCAUUGCCAAGUUUGUGGCCGAACGCACGGAUAUCACAAUACGCAUAUUCCGUCCGCCAAACUAUUCGGGCACGGUGGCCAUGAUUACCCUGGUCGCCUUGGUGGGCAGCUUUUUGUAUAUUCGCCGCAACAAUCUGGAGUUCCUGUACAACAAGAAUCUGUGGGGUGCAAUUGCAGUAUUCUUUUGCUUCGCCAUGAUCUCGGGCCAGAUGUGGAAUCACAUACGCGGACCGCCCCUGGUGCAUAAGACACAAAACGGCGGCGUUGCCUACAUCCAUGGCUCGUCCCAGGGCCAGCUGGUCGUGGAGACGUACAUUGUCAUGUUCUUGAAUGCCAUGAUUGUGCUGGGCAUGAUAUUGCUCAUCGAGUCGGGCACACCGAAGGCGCACAAUCGCAACCGCAUGAUGGCCAUGGCUGGUUUGGUAUUGUUAACCGUAUUCUUCUCCUUUUUGCUAUCCGUAUUCCGUUCCAAGGCGCAGGGUUAUCCUUAUAGUUUCUUGUUUAAGUAAAAUCAAUUGACGCCCAAAGAUAGGUUCAAGUGGAACGUUCACGUUUUAUAUAGUUCGAAUUGACAAAAACAACAACAACAGCAAGCACAUUGUGUGUGUGUAAAACGAGUUUAAUAAUAAAUGCCACAAAUAAAUUAGUAAAACAA